AUGUCAGUGACAGCAAAAAACUUCUAUCGUCGUCCGCUUCCUGAAACUUGCAUCGAAUUCUCAAGUGAAUUAGGCAAACGACUUUUCACAGAAGCUUUGAUACAAGGCUCAGCAAAUAUAUAUUUCAAAUUGGCAUCUCAAUUCAGAACUCAAGAUGAACCUGCUUAUUGUGGAUUGAGCACAUUAGUGAUGGUUCUGAACGCACUGGAAGUGGACCCAGAGAAAGUGUGGAAAGCUCCCUGGAGAUUUUAUCAUGAAUCUAUGCUUGAUUGCUGUGUGCCACUUGAGCAUAUCAGAAAAUCCGGUAUAACCUUACAACAGUUCUCUUGCCUCGCCACAUGCAAUCGUUUGAAGUCAGCUGUCAGCUAUGGGGAAACCACUCCAGAUUUUCUUCAAAAAUUCCGAAAGUCGUUAGUAAAUUCGGUGAGAAGUGACGAUCAAGUGCUAGUGGCCAGUUAUGAUAGAAGUGUACUUGGGCAAACUGGAUCAGGCCAUUUCUCUCCUCUAGCAGCUUACCAUGCCGAUUCGGAUCAAGUUCUGAUUAUGGACGUAGCUAGAUUCAAAUAUCCACCUCACUGGGUUAAGCUGGAAACACUACAGAAAGCCCUUUGCUCCGUCGACACUACAACAAAAAAGCCUCGUGGAUUCGUGGAACUCGAGUUGAAAAAAGGGACACGGCCACUGAUAAUGUACGGUUUGAAAGCAUAUGUCAAUGUGAAUGAUUCCGAUUUUGCGACAUCAGUGAUUUCGUGGAAUGAAUUUUUAUUAUGUGAUCCCUUGGAGGAUGAUGAAGAAGAGUUCCAAUUGUGUUGCCGGAAGUUUGGUCAAUGUUUUGCUCCACACGCUCUGUGUUGCACUCAAAAAACAUUUGAUGCUGAUCAAAAAAACUCGUGUACUGAGUGCUCGAGUGAUCAAAGUGAAGCGUGCAAACUGAUUUGUGCUGAGACAAGAAAAACGAGAUUUGCUGAAGUAUUUUCGAGUUCUGCAGUUGCUGCUCUACUCGUCGCGUGGCCAUUCAAACAUGGGUAUUCUGAAAGAAGUGAUAGAAUUGGAAACUUGGCUGAAAAAUACAAAAAAGGUUUUUCUGCCGAAACCUUGAAUGAAAUGGACCAACUGACAACACAGAUCCGAACACUGAUAUGCUGUUCAAAACCUCCUGUCGUUAUCAAUAUCAACAAACCUGACACCACUCACAGCAAAUGCUCCAAAAACAAAAUAGGUGAAUCUUGUGCGUGUGCAAAUGAUGUUCACUUAUAA